GCAGGAAACGCCGACGACAUGCAGUACUUUGCUGAACGUUGAAGAAGCAACAUCUACAAGAUGUCCCUCCAGGUCGUGUUGGCAGCGCUGGCCGUUUUGGCAGCCGGGUCGAAGGCAGACCAUAGUCCCCCUCAGUGCUAUGGUCCGCCAAUGACCCAGAAGAUUACGCACUUCACUACACAGUAUGAACAGGUGCCCAUGUACACGACCGCCAUCAAGAAGGUGCAGGUCCCCACCGUCGCCGUGCAGACGCAGUUCACGACGGUCAUCAACACCGCCCCGAGGGUCGAAUACGCCACCGAAUACGUCACCUCGACCCAGUACAACCCGCAGGUGCAGUACAUCACCCAGCUGCAGACCGAGUACACCACCGCCUACAGCACGAAGACCAUCACCAGCACCCUCAUCCUGGCCAUGACCCAGACCACCACCAUGUACCAGCCUGGCUACACGACCAAGGUCCAGCAGCAGACCCAAGUCAAGACCAACAUCGUCCCCAACUACGUGACGGAGACCAAGAACCACGUGCAGACCGUUUUCCAGACCCAGACGGUCCCCAUGUACGUCACAGUCACCAAGAAGGAACAGCUGUUCACCACCGUGUGUCCCAAGUCGACCGGGGGCUACGGACGUUAAGUCUUAAUUAAUUCAUAAUUAAUUAAAGGGAUGGGGGGGAUUUUUAACAGGUUCCCAGCUCCUUCUGCGGUCUGGGACCUUUAUUUUCGUCUUCUUCUCUUCUCUUCCUUCCCGUAAGCCGUCUUCACGUUUUCUUCGACGGCGGAACAUCGUAGGGAGGGACUUUCCUAGAAGAUCCUCCCUUCGAUUUUUCACUCUGUAACAAUGUAAUAAAGAUGCCCUACGCGGAA